UGGAGUACGGUUCUUGUCGUUGUCGGGGAAACACUACGUCAACACGUCAGAAGGACUCUUAUUGCUGUGUGUUUACCAGAGAAUAUAAAAACAAGCUGGCAGACAUGAGUGAGCUGUUGGGCAGCGAGGACUGCAUCAAGAGCCUCCGGAAAGACGUGGUCGAUAUUCAGAGUGCGAUUGUGGACGUGGUUUCUAGAACCGGACCGGUCCGUUACACGUCCUGGAAGUUCCCCGACAAACUGGCCUGUAGUCUGGAUAUGGUGGCUCUGCUGGGGGAGUAUGACUUUGUGGAUGGAGAGGACGCAUACAAUCAGCACUCGCACAUUGUUUUACUGGAGCUGGUGGUUGACAGACUCCUGCUCCUUCUGCAAAGCGUCAGUGCUUAUACUGAGUUACAGGCGGGCAGAUCCAGAAGAGACCGAAGCCAACAGGAAGGAUGCCUCUCAGUGGGCCUUGUGGUUAGGAACUACUGGGGUAAUUUGCUUCAGUGUGUAAAGAAGAAGGAGAACUCUAAAGACAUAAAACAAACAAAGACAUUAGACUGUAAGCACACAAAGAAAGAGUCACCUAUGUCUUCCCCAACUAUGUCAGACACUGACUUUUGCAGAAACUGUUCAUCUACCUUGUUUUCGCCCCCCCAGAAUAACAUACAUUCGGGUCCAACUUACAAUGCCCCAUCAUAUUCAAAAGCUGAACUGCACAAUACUGGCUGUCAGACAACAGAGUCCUCCCUCAUUCCCUGUGAUGCAUGUUAUCGAGUCCAAUCCCUUUUGAGAAACACAGGAGAUGCUUUGAAGGACCUUUUCCAGAGUGAGGGUCUGCCCUCAUCUCUUCAGCCUCUCUCAGAUGCCAUGCAAGACACUGUGUAUGCAGGACAAAUGACGGCGGGUGAUGUCGCCCAGUGGACCGAAGAGCAGCUCAGGGACAUGCGGCGCCUUGCAAAACAUCUUCAGGAUGUGCGGAGUACAGUGCAGCCUCUCAGAGAAGCCCUCGCGAAAGCUGAAACCGAGCGAGAUAGAUUCAGUUCUCAACUGGAAAGCAUGAAGAAGGAGUUUAAGCAAGAGGUGAAACAACACCAGACCAGUAUAGUCCAGCUGGAGUUUUCUCUUCGGAAAGCACAGAGAUCCGCGAAAGAAACAGAGCAAAGGCUACAAGAAGAACAUAAACAACUCAAAAGAGAAAUGUUGUCCUUGGAGGAAAGCAAUACGAGGCUCAAAGAGAAAGUAGAACUCCAGCAAGACACCUUGCAAGCACUUGUAAAUGAAAAUGACGAGCUGCAUCAGAAAGUGAAAACACUUUGCAGAGAGGAGGAGACAUGCUGUGAACUGCAGCAAAUGAUCCAGGAGAUCAAGACUCAGCUCGGUGACACUCAACUUCUUCUUGACAAAGAGAAGGCCAAGUAUCAGAGUGCUUGUCGUCAUCAGGAGUCGAUGCAUACAAAGCAGAAGUCCUUAUUAGAGAGAGUGGAUGCUCUUGAUGAAGAGUGUGAAGAGCUACAGAGGCAGUUGGGAGAAAAAGAAGAGACACAGAUUAACCUAAACAAUCAGCUGCAAAAGAUGUCAAAGCUGAAGGAGCAACAACAGGCUCAGCUCUCUGAGCAGCAGGAUAUCUAUAGAGGGCUCCAAAAAGAGAAACAAAGACUACAGACACACGUAGAUGAGCUGGAAAAGCAUGUUGCAGAAUUGAUGGAGCACGUGCAAGCAUUGACGGAGAGGGAGAGACUUUUGGUGGCUUUCCCAGAACUCAACAACUGGGCUCAAACCCAACCACAAACUACAGGAAACUUGAUUUUGGAUAUGGAGCAACAACAGCAAGCAAAUAGCCUUCGUAUAAAAGUUCUGGAACAGGAAAAUGCUACUCUGCACAAAAGUCUUGAGAAACUACGACAAGGAGCAAUGUUUAAUGCCACUAAGGAAGCUCCAUCUCAACACACAUGACGCCAGGAAGUGGACCAGAUGUUUGCCUGGGAGUUUAAAACCCAAGAACAACCUCAUUUUGUAUUAUGUGGAAGAAAUUAAAUAAACAAAAAUACUCAAAUAAAAAAAUGUUUAACAUUGA